UCACUUCUAGCAGAAAUCAUGUAUACGGUGAUAGCGUUACUAGCUGUGGUGUGCUUGUCUGGUGCCGUACCGGUGCCAAAGUUUUCCUUGGAAUCCAGCGGUGGGGUAUUUACUAGUGCAGAUUCCCCUGGUAUUCAACAAGUUGGUUUUAUUUAUAAAAUAAAUGACGAUAAAGAUGAACAUAUUGGUGUUGCUAUUAAAUCUGAUGAUACAUGGCGUUUUACCGACCCCAACCUGAAAUCUGUAAAGAAAGUACAGUUUUAUACGUAUGUACAAUUCGGAAUUGGUGAUUUAGUGGAAAGUCCAAGUCAAGAAUGGAAUUUUGCUCCCUUGGCAACACUUCCACCAAGACGAAUGCGUGGUGCCGUUUCUUUUAGAGAUGAUUUUAAUGGUAAUAAGUUAGAUUUGAAUAAUUGGUUUGUUCAAGUAACAGCCGCCGGCGAAUGGCAUACUGAAUUUCAAGUUUACACAAACGAUCAGAGAAAUCUCUAUGUUAAAAAUGGACAUCUUUACAUCAAACCGACAUUAACUGCUGACAGUGGACAUUACUCUGCGAAAGAUUUGUACAGUGGUGUUUUAGAUGUGAAAAAAUCAUGGGGCGUGUGUACGGAUGCUGGUUUUCGGGGAUGUUAUAGAGAAGCUAAAGAUGGUCUCCUACCACCUAUAUUAUCAGCUAGAAUAGACAGUAAACCAACGUUAAAAUAUGGCCAAGUUACAGUUCGUGCACAGAUACCAAGAGGUGACUGGAUAUGGCCAGCAAUAUGGAUGAUGCCAAGAAAGAAUAACUAUGGACUUUGGCCUCGAUCUGGAGAAAUAGACUUUAUGGAAGCAGCAUGUAACGAACAUGCUGUAUGGGAUAAUGGUCAGAAGGUUGGAAUACAGAGAGUUCAGUCCACUCUUCACUUCGGUCCAGAUUUGGAGCAUGAUCACCCGGUACCUAACUGGAAAUAUAAGGCAACUGGGGAUUGGCAUGGAUUCCACGAUUAUAAAUUAGACUGGUCACCUGAUCACAUCAUUUUGUAUGUUGAUGGCGAUGUUGUUACUAGAAUGGAUAUACCAGAUGGUUCUACUGUAUGGGAUCACUAUAAACUACAGGGUAAUAAUCCUUGGACACAUGGUACCAAAAUAGCACCAUUUGAUCACGAGUUCUACAUGAUUUUGAACGUGGCUGUUGGUGGAAUAUACUCUAUGUUUGGAGAUUAUGAUACAACAUACGCUUAUCCUAAACCAUGGCACAAUACUGAUAAAGAUCCAUUGAAGAAUUUCUGGGAAGCUAGAAAUAAUUGGUUGCCCACCUGGCACGGAGACGAUGUGGCCAUGAUCGUGGAUUAUGUAGAGUUUAGACAUAUGUAAACUUGUAAAAUAAAG